AUGCCCGCCCGCCCACACCUGCUACUCCAUGGCCGGAAACGCCUGGACCACCGGCCGGAAGUACCUCAGCGUGGAGGCUCCCGGGAAUUCCGAGCCUCGUCGGAGCCCACGGUCCGCAGGGGGCUUAGCACGCUGGACCCAGUGACAGCCUUGGCCCCGGUCCCUGAACUCCCCUGGCGUGGCGCGGCCUCCUGUGGCCGAGGAGGGACUGCUGAGGAAGAGCCCCCCCUCCUGUCCGACCCUCCGUCACUCCUUCGGACCCCACAUCGCAGCCAACGGAACAUACCUAAGACCAACCUCGUGUGUGUUCAGGAGAGAGAUAGGUGUGGGGUCCAGUUGAUGCUUCCAGCCACAGUAAAUUUGCUCCUGAACCUUCGUGUUCCUGUUCCUGGCAAAAUGAGGAAAGGAGGAGGAGGGCUCAGGAGAAGCCAUCAGAUCUUGUCCCAUAUUUGGUGUCUGCUUUUCCCGGCCCAUCAGAGAAGGACCAUGUGCCAGGGGUCACUGUCAUUCAGAGACGUGGCAGUGGGCUUCACCCGGAAGGAAUGGCAGCAGCUGGACCCCACACAGAGGAUGCUGUACCGGGACGUGAUGCUGGAGAACUACAGCCACCUGGUCUCAGUGGGGUGUCAAGUUACCAAACCAGCUGUGAUCUCCAGGUUGGAGCAAGGGCAAGAACCAUGGAUGGAGGAGGAAGAAAUCCUCAGAUGGAGCUUUCCAGAAGAAAUUUUGCAAGUUGACCGCCCAGUAGGUACACAACAGGAAUACCAAGACAAACUUCUGAGGCACGUUGCAUUCCUAGACAAGCAAGAACCAACCAAGAAAGGGCGCCACGAGUGUAAAACAAUUGAAAAGACAGUCUGUCAGGACACAAACCUUGCUCCUUCAAAACAGCAAGUACAUACAUGUGACUCGUGUGGAAUGAGUCUGCCGUGCAACGUGGAUGUUAGCCCCAAUGCCUACCUUGCGAGAAGGAGAUUUGAGUGUGACGGACAGGGGAACUUGUUUCUCUACUCCAAGCUUGAAACCCCCCCUUCCGGAGUGCGGCUGCGUGAGUGUGACCGCUGCAGGAAAGCCCUCCCCCAGGACCAGGCCCUGAGUGCCCACCGGGGAGCUGGCGGCGCCGAGAGAGCCCACAGGUGCCUGCAGUGUGGGAAGGGCUUCUCCUGCGAAUCGGAACUCAGCACACACCUGGGGGUGCACGGGGGCAAGCAGCCCUCAACGCACAGGGCACAGGGGCUCGGCUGCGGGGUUAGCCGGGGAGGUCACCCCAGAGAGAAACCCGGGGGAGACGGCCGCGGCAGGAUGACGCCACCCCAGAAGACGAGCCUGUUGGUGCCCGCUGCAGCUCUUGCCGGAGGGAAGCCCUACAAGUGCUCCGAGUGCGAGAAGAUGUUCUCCCACAAGUCCCGCCUCAUCGAGCACCACCGGUCUCACACGGGGGAGAAGCCCUACGGCUGCAAAGAGUGUGGGAAGUCUUUCUCGCGCAAGUCGUGCCUCAUCAUCCACCACCGCAUCCACACUGGGGAGAAGCCCUAUGGCUGCGGUGAGUGUGGGAAAGCCUUCUUCCAGAAGUCGCACCUCAUCCUGCACCAGAGGACUCACACGGGCGAGAAGCCGUACAAGUGCAGCGAGUGUGGGAAAGCCUUCUCGCAGAACUCCUGCCUCAUCAUACACAAGCGAACUCACAUGGGCAAGAAGCCCUACGAGUGCUCCGAGUGUGGGAAGACCUUCUCCCAGAAGGCCAACCUCAUCCGCCACCACAGAAUCCACACCCGGGAGAAGCUGUAUGGGUAAAAGGAGAGCUGGGCUUCGGCCCGAGUCGCGGCACAUCCGCGAAUGUCACACCUCUGGAUGUUGUGAGUGUGGACAACCCUUCAGCAGGAAGUCCAGUGCCAUGGGUGUGCAAGGGAUGCAUUCCGAGGUGAAAUUCGACCAGUCUGGAGAAUUAGGAAGAGCCUGUCUCUUAAAACCAUGACAGGAGGC